AUGGGGAAGAGGAAGUCGAGGACCUCCAAGUCGAUGGCGGCGCCAAAGCUGGGCACGGAGUUCACCUGCCCGUUCUGCGGCCACCCCGACGCCGUCGAGUGCCGCAUCCACCGCAAGGACAGCGCCAACGCCCUGACGGAGCCCGUCGACGUCUACAGCGAGUGGAUCGACGCCUGCGUGGACGCCAACGAGGGCGUCGCCGGCCGCCGCUGCCGGCCGCGCCUGCGCGACGCCGGAGUCCACGAAGGCGACGUGUGA